AUGAUGUGCAAGAAGAACAUGAACAGUUUGCUUCUGUCUCUUGCUCCCAAAAUCGUAAAGCUUCAGACUUUAGUACUGCGACAGGACAAUCCGCAACUUGAGGACAACGCAGUGGAAGCCGUCGCAAACCACUGCCGAGAGCUACAAGAUCUUGACCUAAGCAAAAGCUUGAAACUCACUGACCGUUCCCUCUACUCUCUGGCUCGCGGUUGCACUAACCUCACUAAACUCAACCUUAGCGGCUGCACUUCGUUCAGCGACACUGCUCUCGCGUACCUGACAAGGUUUUGCCGGAAACUCAAGAUUCUGAAUCUCUGUGGCUGUGUGGGAGCUGUAUCUGACAAUGCAUUGCAGCCUUCUGUUUUCUCUGUGUCGAUAACCGAAACAACGAUCGGAAAACUUAUGCAGGCUAUUGGAGAAAACUGCAACCAGAUGCAGUCACUGAACUUGGGAUGGUGUGAGAGCAUAAGUGAUGAUGGAGUCCUGAGUUUAGCCAAUGGCUGUCCUGAUCUAAGAAGCCUUGAUCUCUGUGGCUGUGUUCUAAUUACAGAUGAGAGUGUGGUGGCUUUGGCGAACCGGUGUGUACAUUUGAGGUCAUUGGGUUUGUACUACUGCAGGAACAUCACGGACAGAGCCAUGUACUCGCUGGCUCAGAGCGGAGUGAAGAACAAGCACGAGAGGUGGCGAACGGUCAAGAAAGGCAAAUUCGAUGAAGAAGGACUGAGAAACCUCAACAUUAGCCAAUGCACUUACCUCACACCUUCGGCGGUUCAAGCGGUCUGCGAUACGUUCCCUGCGCUCCACACUUGUUCAGGCAGGCAUUCGCUAGUCAUGAGCGGUUGUCUGAAUUUAACAUCGGUUCACUGUGCCUGCAUCCUCCAGCCUCACCGCACCCACACCCACACGGCUUUCCCUCACCCGGCUCAUUGA